UAACUUCACAGUUUUUCUCGACCAUAACAGUCUUGCUCGCGAUCGUUUUGUGUUUCUUCUGUCCGUUUAAAUCUGGUUUUUUUACCUACUGUUUUUAUUAAGCUAAUUUUUUUGAGUGAUCCACAACACAAUGGAAUACAUAACAAAUAUAUUAAUCUUGCUUGCCGUCAUCUCCUUUGUUUCGGUAGACUCGAUUACACCAGAAGAAGAGGAACGCAAUAUUAUGCAUGGUCUCCAUGGCUUAUUAUGUCCUCCAGUUGGAAAAAAGAAUAAAUUUGAAUUAGUGACUUUACAAACUCGGACAAAAAUGUACGGAUGCGCCUACCUAGGAUUUGACAAGCUAAGUAGUUCUGGUCCACUGUUUCAUUUGUGGGUGGAAAAUCCAGACUACGUGAUAGGCACCUCCGGAAACAUACAUGGAAAUUGUUACCGCACUCAUCAAAUGGAUCACUUUAUGUUCGAGUGUUUGUCAAAAAAUAGACCGACUAACAAAGACGAAAUUCUAAAAGGCUGGCAGUAUACAUCACUACUGGAAUAUACUGCAGAUGUUAAUUCUAUAAAUGUAAUCCCAACAAAAUCCUACAGAUGUGCCCUGUACGAUGUGACGGAUGAUGACGAUAUGAAUGUUAGAGUAAUACGGUUAGUAAUUAGCAAACCAGAAAUAGGAGAUGGAUUUCAUGUAAGGCAGUGUGAAAGUCUUCCGGCUCUUUUAGGACGGGAUGAUCUACCAUUGCUAUCCGAGGGGUUACGAUCUUGGCCCGAUGGGUCUAUGUUCUUUCACUUAUUAGGAAGAAAGCCAAGUACCCGCAACGAAUAAAUCCAUAGUUGUAUACUAUUGUAAAUCAGUCAAUCAAACUGAUAGUUUCAGUUCACUGAAAAAUCUCAUCAUAGUGCUUUUUUUUCGCGAAUUUAUUAAAUCUAAUAAUAUAAUAGCUAAAAUACA